AUGUCUAACUUGACUUGAAUUUUCAUCCAUAAUAGUGUAAUGUACUUACGAAGGUUGCCAACUUUAAGAAACAUUCAAGUUUUUAAAAAUAGAUAAAUCUUACAGCGCGAAUCGCUUAACUCAUUUAGAACUAGAGUUUCACUCUUCUGUCUACCGCGUACAUAAUUUUCAUUUAUGUGCCAAUUAAAAAUUAGAUCGCCUGAUAAAGUUGAAAUUAUCUCUUGCUUUUUUUCGAGACUCGAGGAACUAUAUCUGUUCGUGUACGUUCUAAAAGUUUUGUAGAUUGUGCUAGUAUGUUUCUUGGAAAAAUUACUGAUUAUGUGUGUAUUGGGAUUAAUUAUCCUAAAGUUUUAUAAAUCAGGCGGAAGGAUGAAGCAAGGAGAUCUGCGACGGACUCUUCUACUUGUUAUCCUGUUCUGCAUUUUCCUUUUUUUCUACUUAUAUUGGCAACAAUCCACCAAAUACGUUCCCACUGUGAUUUAUAAUUUCAAGUACAGUCACCCGACUUCAAAGAAAUCUAAUCCUUCGCAAUGGACAUGGGACUGUAUCAAUCAACGAUGCGAAAGACGAUACAUGAAAGACUCUCAAAAGCCCGUUUCUUUAGCAACAUGCAGCAUGCUAUGCAGUUCAACACAGCUCUGGCCUCAGCCUACCGGCCCUGUUACUUUAGGUAGCAGAGCACUAACAUUCAAUCAUAAUCAAUUUAUUUUCGAAAGCGAAACCGUCAAACCGGCUUUUUAUUUACUUCAAGAAGCUUUCGCCUCUUUUAACAACAAUAUCAUAAGUUUAGUAGAAAGAUCUGAUUACGUUAAAGAUCAAUCGGAUUUGAAACAAUUUAUUAUAAAAGUUAAAAUAACCCAUCCGGAUGUUACUAAACUGACAUUGCGCACCGACGAAAGUUAUACUCUGAUCUUAAAACCGCAGGAAAAUACUAUUAAGGCCAACAUUACAUCGAAAACAUUUUUCGGAGCGAGAUGCGCAUUGGAAACAUUAUCCCAAUUGAUAUGGUGGGAUCCAUAUACAAAUGGAGGAAUGCUUAAAGUUAUAAAAGGCGCUACGGUGCAAGAUAAACCUGCCUUUCCUUACAGAGGCCUUAUGGUUGAUACGUCCCGAAAUUUUAUGUCUAUAGAUAGUCUUAGAAGAGUUUUGGAUGGUAUGGCUGCUAGUAAACUAAACGUGUUCCAUUGGCAUAUCUCUGACAGUCAAAGCUUCCCUUUGGUCGUACCUAGUGUACCUUUGCUAUCGAAAACUGGGUCUUACGGACCAGAUAUGACGUAUAGUCCUGAAGAAGUGAAAGCUUUAGUAGAAUACGCUAAUGUUAAAGGUAUAAGAAUCGUUUUGGAAGUUGAUACUCCUGGACACGUUGGUAAUGGAUGGGAUUGGGGACCCACUGAAGGACUAGGUGAGCUCGCAGUCUGUAUAAACGAACGUCCAUGGAGUUUAUACUGCGGUGAACCACCUUGUGGUCAACUUAAUCCCGAGAACCCACACGUAUACGAAAUUUUAGGAAAACUGUAUAAAGAUCUACUGGUUCUCAGUGGUGAGACUGAGAUUUUCCACCUUGGAGGUGAUGAAGUCAAUUUAGAAUGCUGGUCGCAGCAUAUGCAAAAAUCGAGUACUGCUUAUAAUUAUACAGAUCUCCAUGAUCUAUGGGGGGAAUUUACAGUGAAAGCUUUGAACAAAUUGACAGCGGCGAAUGGUGGAAAGAAAAUACCUCACGUUAUACUAUGGUCCAGCAAACUUACUAAAAGACCUUAUCUCACUAAAUAUUUGGAUAAAUCGCAAAUUGUUGUACAAAGUUGGGGAGGAAGUCAAUGGAGUGAUACCCCAGAUUUGAUUGCUGAUGGUUAUAAAGUAAUCAUUUCACACGUAGAUGCUUGGUACUUGGAUUGCGGUUUUGGACGUUGGAGAGAAACUGGUGAUGCCGCUUGUGACCCAUACCGUCCGUGGCAAACUGUUUAUAAUCACAGACCCUGGCAGCAAUUGCAUCUCAAUAAGCAACUAAUUCUUGGAGGAGAAGCUUGUCUUUGGAGCGAACAGUUCGACGAAGGAUCUUUAGAUGCGAGACUAUGGCCUAGAGCAGCUGCAUUCGGAGAAAGAAUGUGGAGCGAUCCUCAAAUCGAUAUUUCCACAUUUUCCAUUCCAGAAGAUGUAUACACGAGAUUAAAUACUCACAGAGAUAGGUUAGUGAAAAGGGGCAUUCGUGCUGAAGCUCUUUGGCCGGAAUGGUGUUCCCAAAAUCCCGGUAUGUGCCUUUGACAUAUCAAGCGUACAUUAGAAGAUAUCUUCAAAGUUUAUUCCUUCACAAGUGAUAUUAGUUUAAUAAAUAUAAAAACAUUUUUCGAUUACCACAAUGGAAUUUUGUUGCUGAGUGCUUUCUCAUGACUGAAUUGUUUUGGAGAUUGAUCUCAUAUUUUUAAAAUUUGUAUAGUAUAUUUUUAGGAAAUAAAAAAACAUUUCAUAGGAUUUAAUAUUUAUAGAAAUAAUAAAAUGUUACUGAAAAUUUUA